AUGUCAAAUCCCACGUCUAAUCAGACAUUGCGGAAGUUGAAUUUACCAGAAACGGUUAACAAACCAACGAAUCUGGCAGCAUCAGCAGCGGGGUUUUCAGCAUAUCCAGCUGUUCAAUUACCUCCUGUAUACUCGUAUAGACAAUCACAACAAGUUUCACCAUCACAGGCCAAUUCCCCACAUUACCGGGUUCAAUCGCAGUUGCAAUCGCAGUCGCAGUCACAACCACAGUCGCAGUCGCAAUCACUGGAGCCGCUAGUAUCGAUGAACGCACAUAUAACGCAACCUUUACAGCCUCUUCGGCAAACAAACGACUAUUCCAAGCCUAGGUUGAGAGUAAGUAAGGCUUGUGACAGGUGUCGUAACCACAAGAUUAAGUGUUCCGGAACUUCACCAUGUGCUACCUGCACACGACAGAAAAAGGAAUGUACAUUUUCCAAUGCAACAACGGCAGCCACCGCUGGUGCCGGUGCUGGAGCUGGAGCUUCUGGUGUGGGCAGCGGUGGGGCCGCCGCUAAUGGUGCAGGCAGAUACCAUAAUAAUGCCGGUUAUUCAUUCUAUGGAGACUGUGCAAAGAGGCAAAAGACAAUGGUUAAUUCCGAGCCAUUUGGAUUACCAACAGUUGACAAAUCAAACAAUCAUGAAUACAUAUUGCAUUUGGAGAAUAGGGUACAGUAUUUAGAAGCAAUUUUAUCUGGUAAUAGCCUUGAAACGUUUAGAGAGCCACGAUCAGGAGAACCAGAGAGUGAGUUUAUUACAGAGACACUAUUUUCUGCUAGCUCGAAAUGGCGAUUUUCCAGACGUCAUCAGAAUUUGUUGAUUGUUGAGCUAUGUCAAUCCAUGUACUCUAAUCUAUCAGAAGAGCUGAGGCAAAAAGUGACUGUGCCUAGAAGGCAGUAUUUUGGAUGGAAUAUGUCUGGUGUGAACUAUUUAAAUUCGGAAGAGUUACCGCCCAUUCCAGACUUUGACACAGACAUUGAUAAGGAUUAUUUAGUUAACUAUUAUUUUAAGGAAUUAAAUCCACUUUUUGCAAUUAUCCAUGAAACGGUUUUUCGAGAGCAGAUUGAAGCAUAUAACCGACUAGUCCGUGAAGAAUUGCAACUAAAAACUCAUGACUCGAAAACAAACCAAACUAAGUUAUUUGUUGCAAUAUUGUAUCUCAUAUAUGCCCUUGCUAUUCGAUUUAGUGAAUUUCAGAAACCAAAAGGUCCCAAUAUAGCAAUAUUGAAAUUGGAAGAGAAGUUCUUCAAGUAUGCAUAUAAAAUAGUUAGCAUUCUCAGUUUUGAAUGGGAAUCGUUUGAAUUGAUUCAAAGCUGGCUACUAAUAGCUCUAUACUUGAGAGUUGCCCAUAGACAAACUUCUUGCUCGCACGCUUUGGGUCAAGCAAUAACAAUAACGAAGUCAAUGGGGUUGGGCUUUGGUGAUGAAAAUCCCCAGCUAAUUGUGUCUACGGCUUAUGAGCGGUUGAAAGCGACUAGAAUAUUUUGGUGCGUUUUUUCAAUUGAUAGAGUAUUUGGGUUACAAACAGGUAGGUAUUGUGGUGUGAGAGAUGAAGAUUUUACUAGACCGUACCCAACAUUUGAUUUUGCUCAAGAAACUGUUAAAGAUGACUGGCUAACAUUGCCGGCAUUGGCCUUAAUUCACAUUGCAAGAAUAUCAAAUUUUGUCCACACGUUGUCUAAUGAUAAUCCGUACUUGAUAAAAUACCAGCAAAUAAAUGCUGAGUUGGUCAAAUUACAUGAAUGGUUUAAUAAAAUAGGAUUUAGAAACGAUUUAUUAUUUAACAAAAAUGACGAUUCAGAGAUUAGUUCCUUGGUGAAAUCACAGGUUAAACUACAUUAUUAUGAUUUGGUGUUGUGCAUACACGGAAAAGUGCUUUUUAAUUAUAUAGGCCGCAAAAUAGCCAGUCACGGGCUAAAAGUUGAAAUGGUUUUGGAUGCAUGCCACGGAGUCAUUGAUGUUUUAGACAAGACAAAUAAAGCGGGCUUGUUGUAUACCCCAUGGUACUCGGUUCUUUUACUUUUAUUCAAUAUUGGUGUAAAUGCAAUAACUUUGAUUAAUGGAGGUGUUUAUGUUCUGCAGUCAAGGGAUAUUUUGAAAAGCACCAUUAAGUUUUUCACAUUUUUGAGAAAAUCGCCAAUAAGGAACAAGCAAAAUAAGCUUGUAUUUAGAGAACGUUUUAAAAUGGUGCGAGAAUGUACUUGGGCUUUGAAGAUGGCCAAUAAAAUUUUAACUUUACGUUUGGAGGAAGACAUGAAUGCUUUGAAUAAUAUUGGAGUUGACCAUGGUUCUUCGGAUGUCAAUAAACAAUACUUUUCGCAGUUGGGAUUUUCAGAUUCGGGUGCUCCUGCAAUUGCCACCCAAGGGAAAACCAAACUAUCAGACGCAAAAGCGAAUAGUACACAACAACAGCAGCAGCAGCGGCAACAACAACAACAAGAACAACAAGAGUACCAGCAACAUUCAAAUAAAGAGGGAAAUAACAGCAGUAAUAAUGAAUUUUAUAAAGUUUUAGAAAAACAAUUGCACAGGAACGAUGAAGUCACAAGGGAAGGUAUUUGCUAUGAGAAAGGUUCCUCAAGUAAAUCGAUACAUAACAACCAGCAUAUUCAUGGAGUUGGAGGGCCUCAAAAUGAAGCAAUGGAAGAGAAUAGUGGUGUUUUUGAGAGGGCGGAUAGUAAUACAACCCCUACCAGUUCAACUGAUCAAAAUGAACCAAAGGUAGUUGAUGUCUAUUCGUCAACAGAGUUUGAUAACAUGUUGGGGAAUAUUCAAUGGUUCGAUCAGUGGUUGGAUUUUAAUUACGAUCUUCAACUGGUAAGUCCUGGGGAAAAAUAA